AUGUACGGUGCCAAAAAAUCCCUUUGGGAAGAAGUGUGUGCCGAAUACGAAGCCGGACUCCCUAGUCCUCCCAGUGCGAUUUGGACGAGUUCGGAAACUUCCAAGAACUCCAGGACACGCCAGCCUGCGGAGGUGGAUGAGGAGGAAAACGAGCUUCUCACAGACCUGGACCCCCUUUUGCACCACCCUGCACAUCCUGGCUUCUCCGUGUUUGGAGCACAGCCUUCUUCCAAGCACAGACGGCAGACGACCACUACUUUUUUCCCACAACAAUUUCCACAUCCUGUCACAAAGUACAUGGAGGACAAAGUGUUUCCUGUGUUGGUGCCUGCACUUGAGGCUUUGCUGAAAGAAGCUGAUAAACAAGGCUGUUUGCAGAAGAAAGUCCUAACAUUCAACCCCAGUGACUUCCUGGUGGAGUGGCUGUACAACCAUAACCCUCGCAGGCUGGGGUAUCACCCCGUCAAAUUCCACCAGAUCCCAUUUGUCAAGUCAUGGCUCAUCUUGCAUCCGAGGCCUCCUAUGCCGUUGUUUCUUCAGCUGAGUGACGACGAGGCUGCGGUCAUCAUCCAGUCCUUCUGGAGGGGAUAUAAGGUCAGGGCGCAGGCGUUUGUGCAGGAGCUGCGCCAGUGGCAAAAGAACCUGAGGGAAACCCGCGACAUUCCCAACACGGUCAAAGCAUUCUGGGCCCGUGUUGAGAAGCGAGUGGGCUCAUCCAUGACCGAUGUCACUGAAAGCUCGGAAAAUUCUGAAAAUUCUGAAAAUUCUGAAAAUUCCGACUUGUGCAUCCAAGUGGUUUCUCCAACUCCCCAGAGCACGGCUGUGCACACGCCUACCGACCUGAUGACCCCAGACAACAUGGAGCACUUGAGGCCCGGUGUGUACGGUGUGGAUGGCAUGUUGACCGUUGCGUCCACGCCGGCACACACGCAACCCUAAACUUGAGACGGAAUUCUGUUCUGGUCUUUACACAGGCCUUGCACGCCAACGUCGCACACCCAGUCAUCCAUCACAGGCGCCAUUAAAAGGCUUGUAACCAAUCAGACACAGACAAGCUCAUUGCCUUUUAUUAUCAGGGCUCUUAGGAAUGGAAUAUUUUACACCAGCAUAAAACACAUUUGUUGUUAUUGACCACAGAGUGGAAAAUAUUGCAUUCCUAACAAUACACAUUAUGCUACCAGGUACCUGACGCAAGACCAAUGCAACAAGUCUGCAUUCGUGCAACACACAACGCAACUGCAAAAUCUAUAGAAAUACCACUUUCACACUAACAUACAUACAAGGAAGAUAUUUGACAAAUUUCACUUUCAAUAUUUCUGCAAUUUGGGUGGGUGCUUGUCAUUAAGAAAAGAUGGGGGG